ACCCAUUGAUCUCAUUGUCCAUGCAGUUGCGAUGCACUGUAACAUUCCUUAUCCCGAAUCCUAAAGAUCCCCUCUUACGAAUCUGUUAAUCCCUCAGGCCUCAACCCUCGCUGCUGGCCGUCUAUCCAGAUUCCAGAUUCCUUGUUUACCCGUUACCCCAUAUUUCUACUUCUCGCUUUAUCUCUAUCUGGCGCACAAACCCGCCUCCAAACCAGACAAACCAUCACUAUUCUCUCUCUCUCUCUCUCUCCCACAAGUGCACACAGACACAUUUAUAGGAGGAAUUCUCCCAAUUGUCUUUCCGUAGACGGACUCAAAGAUAACGGUAAGUCGGAGGAAAAACCUCUUGUGAUCUUAUCUCUGUAUCAUUAUCAUCAAUGGAGAAUCGACCACCACGCUCUCCGGCGUCCUCCAUAACUACCCGCCUCAACUCCUUCGUCGACAACAGCCCAAUUGGAAAGAGAUUCAAAGUCGCCCAACGAGGCUCCACCUUCACAACUGAGCUCCGUGCCGGCACAGCCACCUUCCUCACCAUGGCCUACAUCCUCGCAGUCAACGCAAGUAUCCUCACCGACUCUGGUGGAACCUGCACCGUAGCCGACUGCGUCCCUCUCUGCAGCGAUCAGUCCAUCUCCAUCUCCAACUGCUCCGGCGGCAACCUCACCGUGAUCCAACCCACAGAGUCCUGCAAGUUCGACCCAGUCAAUCCUGGUUACACAGCCUGCCUCGACCGAAUCCGCCGAGACCUCAUCGUCGCCACCAUCGCUUCCUCACUCAUCGGAUGUGUAAUCAUGGGCGCCUUCGCUAACCUCCCUUUAGCUUUAGCUCCUGGUAUGGGCACCAACGCUUACUUUGCCUACUCCGUCGUAGGCUUCCAUGGCUCCGGCAACGUCUCUUACAAAACCGCUUUAACGGCAGUCUUCAUCGAAGGGUUAAUUUUUCUCCUCAUUUCCGCACUUGGGUUCAGAACUAGACUUGCAAAACUCGUUCCCAAACCCGUCCGAAUCUCAUCCUCCGCCGGAAUCGGUCUCUUCCUCGCUUUCAUUGGGCUUCAAAACAGCCAAGGUCUCGGACUCGUCAGCUACAGCUCAGCUACACUAGUCACAAUCGGUGCUUGCCCCGCUAAGUCACAAGUUUCGGUCGCACCCGUAAUUUCAUAUCCAAACGGCACCGUCAGUCUUAUGGCCGGCGGCACCGUAUCGGGUGGCAUUCUCUGCUUACAUCACAAGAUGGAAAGCCCAACUUUCUGGCUCGGCGCUCUGGGUUUCGUCAUCAUCGCUUAUUGUCUAGUGAAGAACAUCAAGGGAGCAAUGAUAUAUGGUAUAGUGUUUGUCACAGCGGUUUCAUGGUUCCGUCACACCCAAGUCACCGCGUUCCCCGAUACUGACUCGGGCAACUCGUCUUACCAGUACUUCAAGAAAGUGGUGGAUGUCCAUACCAUCAAGAACACAGCAGGUGCGUUGAGCUUUAUGGGUAUGGGGACAGGGUCAUUUUGGGAAUCUUUGGUCACAUUCUUAUACGUCGACAUACUCGAUACGACCGGAACGCUUUACUCGAUGGCCCGGUUCGCCGGGUUCGUUGACUUGAACGGCGAUUUCGAGGGUCAAUAUUUUGCGUUCAUGUCCGAUGCGACGGCGAUAGUGAUCGGAUCUUUGUUGGGGACUUCACCGGUGACAGCGUUUAUAGAGUCGUCGACGGGGAUAAGGGAAGGUGGCAGGACGGGGCUGACGGCGUUGACGGUGGCGGGGUACUUUUUCUUGUCGUUCUUUUUUACGCCGUUGUUGGCGUCGAUUCCAGCUUGGGCGGUAGGACCACCGUUGAUUUUGGUUGGGGUGUUAAUGAUGAAAUCUGUGGUGGAGAUUGAAUGGAAUGAUAUGAGGCAGGCGAUACCAGCGUUUUUGACGAUGAUAUUGAUGCCCAUGACUUAUUCGAUUGCUUAUGGGUUGAUUGGUGGGAUUGGGACUUAUAUUGUGUUACAUUUAUGGGAUUGGGGAGUGCGUGCGUUGGUGAUGCUUGGGAUAGUUGGGAGGAGAGAGGGGAGAAAUAAGGAUUUGGGAAGGGUAAAUGAGUCAAAUCGAUUGGGUCUUGAAGAUGGGGAGAGGAAGCCAUCAUCUGAAGUUCAAUUAGCAGUUUAAAUUUUUUUCUUUUCUCAUAACUCAAAAUUGUCAUACUCGUUUGGUUUGGGAAUUUUUUUUUCCUUUUUGUUUUAGUUAUUAUUAUGGUGGUUAAAGGAGAAAAUUGAAGAAAAAAAAAUUAUUUAUGAAUGAAAAAUUUCACUAAAGAUUAUUUUCAA